AUGGCUGCUGUCUAUGGUUCAAUAUCAAAUAUUUGGGAUGUAUCAUUGGUAGAAGUCACUGCAAGGAUCUUUGAUCAACUUCAAGAUGAAGCAUCGACCAUUGGAAUAGCAUUAGUCAUUGUUGGUACAAUACUUGGGCCUCUGGCAAUUACAGCAAACGCUAUAGUCAUUACUGCAAUAUGGAAAGAUCCUUACAAACAACUACGAGCCUCGCCAUCCAACAUCAUCAUUGCAAGUAUGGCUUGUUCUGAUUUCUUAGUAGGUGUUGUGUUCAGUAGUUUUAUGACGUUCGCUAUGAUCAUCAACUUAUCAAAAGAAUAUCUUGGUCAUCAGGUUCAUCAAGCUUUUAUAAUGUCGUUGAUAGCGUUCAUUGGACUGUCAGUUCUACAUGUCUUUGCCUUGACUAUCGAUAGAGUCAUUGCUGUAAUUCGACCUUUGCGGUACAGAUCAUACGUCACAAAAAAGCGAGUUCUUUGGUGUGUGUUGAGUAUGUGGUUGUUUAAUUUGAUUYCGUCUUGUGCAAAGGUUCCAUUUCUCGACCACUACUUCAUUUUUUCCUUUGUGUUUUUCCUUUUUUUAAAUGUUGUAAUCUUUGCGACUUUUAUUAUGUCAAUGAUUAUUGUUUAUCGCAUUAAAAAGCCUUCUCAGGCAUUAUUUAAUACAACUGGAAACCGAGAAAACCUGAAAAAUGUCAUCGCAAGAAACAAGAAAGUAACGAAGUCGAUUAUUUUACUAGUGGUGAUAUUCAAAGCAUGUUUUACUCCAUUCUCGCUUUGCUGGAUGAUCUUGCUAACGUGUGGAAUCUGUAAAAGUCACUUGAAUGUGCUACUGCUUGCCUACUGUUUUUCGAUGUUCAUAAUGGUCUUUAAUUCAUGCUUGAAUCCCUUUAUUUAUGCAUGGAGGCUCCCUAAAUUCAAAAACUCUAUCUUCUAUAUCAUGAAAAAGUUAUUUUGCUGUUUAUGCAAAACGGACGACUUGUCCACUCAAUCAAGUACGCGCACAGCUCUUGCAAUGACCGUUCUUCCACAGCGAACUCCAGUCAAACAAGGACAACUUAGGAGAACAAGCCUUUGAGUUAGUGCAAACAAAAUCCCGUUGCUAAGACCAUUCAGUUUCAAAACUGCUGUGGAUCCUAGAUGCGCAGUCUACCAUAUGACAGUAACUUCCGCCAGAACGCAUGGUCGCAACCUGGACUAAAAGUACCGUGACAACAGAAAUAAACGAUGAAUAUUAUUUCGGAAAAGUCUGCAGAAAAUCUAAUCAAUUAUAAUCAAAAAUGUUCUGCAAGCUGUACAUGUAUAUAUGAAUAUUCAGCUUGAAUCAAAAUAAUUGUUUUUUUGGUAAUUAAAGUUUUAA